GUAGGAGUGUCGGAUAGUAGCGUUAUUUCUGAUCAGAGGUUUACAGCUUCGUCAUCUCGUAGCGGCCGCAGUCCAUCUGAUGGCCGAUUAAAAGGAUCCAAUGCCUGGAUUCCUGCCACAAACAAUGACAACAAUGAUUUCCUACAGAUCGAUCUGGGAUCUGUUUACUUUGUUUGUGGAGUAGCAACACAAGGAGAUCCAAAUAAUGAUCAUUGGACAAAAACAUACAAGAUAAAGACGUCCCUGGAUAAUGUCUGGGGGGCAUUCUACUCUGAGAGUGGCUCCGAAAAGGUACAUCCUUUUCUACUCUAGCUGAAGUAAUAGCGAAGUUAUAAUCGUACAGGGGCACCCAACGACAAUUUUCGGAAGACGAUUUGAGAUCUAGAAUUUUCGGAUCAUUUCCUGUAAAAUUUCUUGCUUGCCUGCCUCUCCUAGGAUUUGCGAACAUCAAAAAAGUGGUAUAAUUGCCCAUUUUUAACGGAUUUUUACCCUAAAAAUUAAAGGUCACCUAGAAACCUUUUUUCGGGCUGAAAUUUUCGAAAAGGUAAAUUUUGAUCCCUAUAAUUUUCGAUCACUAUACUUUCAGCUAGGAAAUCAGAACAGAUGAAAAAUUUUUAAGGGAUAAAAAUAAGCCUUUAUCUACCGUUUAAAUACUAAAGUACGUUCAACAAUGCUAUGUUUAUGUGGUUUUGAACUAUAUUCUCGUUGGGUGCCCCUGAUCGUAGAGACACUAAGUGAUAAAGCAUUGUGUUUACCUCUUAGCCACUUCAAACCAGGAAUUCAGAUGAAGUUGCUUUCGUCCCCUUUCUCUCCCUUCCAUUCGCUGUCCUCUCUCUUCUCCCGUCUUCACCGUCUUUUAAGUUUCCUCCUCCUUUUCUUCCUGCCUCCUGCCCUGCUUCUUUCCCCCCUCGUUACUACAGUCCUCCAUCCUUAGUAUUUUGCUGUUUACAUAGGAAACGUUAAGGAAAUAAGUAGUAAAAUGUAAAGAAACUGACAUACAGGUGGUUUUCCUUUUAAUAUCCUUUACCUUUUGUUCUGUAGGCGGGAGUCAUCGUCAAUGUAGUUGCAAUCCUAAUAAAUAUCGUUUGUUCAUAUGUGUUGUAGUUAAUUCUUUAUCUCAGUUAAUUUUUAUUUUUCCAUUGUUUUUGGGUAUGAUAAUGAAUGCUAAUGAAUUUGAAACAAAGGAAAUAUAAAAAUUAACUGAAAUAAAAAAUGAACUGCAACAUAUGUUCUUGUUUCUCAUGUUAACCGUGAGCGGGUAGGGUUAGACGUAGGCUACGUUAAAAAGGCACUAGACGAAUUUUCGACCGGUUGAAAAAUUUGACCGGACACGGAACCGUUCAAUAUUUUCGCUCUCUUGACAUGGAACUUACAAACCAGUUUCAGAAUUUUAAUUAUUUUCAGUUGUUUUUCCAUCUACCCAUGCGCAGAGCACCACUUCACGUGAAAUCCAGUAUGGCGUCUCCCAGCUGAGUUACCACGCAUUCAUGCAACCACGCCCUUGCUACACAAAAAUUUAGAUGGUUAUGGUGUUCACACCUCUUGAUUUUUCUCAUUUCAAAUGUUUGAACGGCUAGGCGUUCAAAUUUUCGUACGGUUAGCGUGUUUCCGUGCAAAUGAAACACCUAAACACACGAAUUUGUUUUUCAUCAGCAUUUUAUAGAAAUUUUUGUUAAUUUUCUUUUAGAUAUUCGCUGGAAAUGAUGACAAGAACAGCAUUGUAAGAAGUGAACUAUAUGAGCCACUUGCUGCCAAGUUUAUUCGUUUUUAUCCAGUUACAUUUCACAGCAGCAAAGCAUUAAGGGUGGAGGUGUAUAGAUCUAAGAAAGGUUGGUCUCUUAGUACUUAUCCAAUACAUGCAGUUCAAAAGACAACCACAGCAUUAAAAAAUGCACUUUGAUUGUCAAUGUAUUUAGCUUAAAAGUACUAAUUGGGAACACUAUUAUUUACGUCUGCUACUGGAGACGGCACCGCCAUUUUACAAGGUCAUCCGAGCUACGCGAAGGUCUACCCGUUUGCAGGGCAUAGGAAGUUCCUUCAUUUCUCAGUUAUUUUGAGACCCUGAGUAUUGGUCCGGCCUCGGGAAUCUAACCCGCGACUUUCCUCUCUGCAGUCGAACGUUCUACCGACUUAGCUAACCCUGUCGCUAAAUUUUGGUUUGUACAUAAGAUGCAACGAAACUGACUUACCACUUGGUUCAGUGCUCCGUUUUAAUAGGGAGCUUAAGCAUGCAACCACGACGGCGACGGCAUCAAAAACCUCACUUAACAAAAAGGAUCGGCGCUCUGUCAAACUUUAUCGCUUUCUAUUCAUCACGCUAAAGUUGUCAAAUGUUAGAGAUUUUCCGGGGAGUUGUGUUCUAAAGUUUAGUAUCACAGUUUUUAAAAAAAGAAAAGGAAAAUCGUUGUCUUACGUUCACAUUCUCCAUGAUACGUCAAGUUAAGAAGUUUCACGUCAUUGUCAUGUAGUGACGGCAACGAAAUGUGCAAAAAUACUUAAUGCUCGUUCAAAGGUGUUGUUUUUCACAUUAUCCGGUUUUGUUUGAAAACGGAUAUUUUUUUCUCCGGUUAAGCCUACCUUCCACAAUCACUAAUGCAGUGAAAAAUGAUUACCGAAAAUGCACCUUUUCAAUAACGCUCUUUAGGGUGGAGAUUUUUGAAAACGUCGGCUUUUCUUUUACGUGUGGACUGACGAAAACGGUUUCGAAUUCGGAAUACGAUGAUGUCAUACAUCAUAUACUUCCAGCAUAACGCAUGCUCAAUAAUAAGGCUAUGGUAUUUCCAUCGUUUUAGCGUUUUCGUGUGGACGGGUGACUACGAUUUGAAUAUGCUACGUGUGGUUGUGUAUUUGUUUGAAAAUGGAGGUAAAAAUCUCCGUAAUCAAAAAUAUCCGGAUACAUGUGGACGGGGCAAAACCUAUUGCUUUUUUACCGUUGCCGUCGUUGGUUAGGCUUCCUAAUUACUGCCUGACCAAUCUUUGUACAUCUAUGCUUAUUCCGCGUUUUCUUGUUUCCUCUCUGUUUAGUUUUCUCCUUUACUUUAGAAAAAGAGUGCUUUUAACAAUUAGAUUCACUAUAUUUUGUCCCUCCUCGUUUGUUUCCUUUUUUAGAUGACCGUUCCAUUCAUGUACAGUUUUUGAAGGGUAUCUAAUAAAUUCCCUAUGAUUUUGUGAAGUUAAUUUUUUUCCAUUUCACUCCCCAGGUUAAGCCUUUUUUUAGUGGAGAAAGGAAACCUAAAAUUUUUGGAACCAAAAAUGCGAUGCAGAGAAAAAUUCUCAAUUUCGUAAAACUCUAAACUGCGGCUAAAAUGUUCGGAAAAAUAAUGCUGAAGCCCUUGUAAUUUCGAAAAGACUCAAGUUGCCCUAGGAUGACCGAACAAAUAAAAUUAGCGCUACUUAGAAUACAUUUCUAGAGAUCUAAAAGUACUCUGGAUAGCCUAAAAAGUGUUUCAAUGCAUUUAGGAGGAAACCGUCGUUAUUUUGGUUUUGGCUUAUAGUCAAUAUAAUAAUGGUUUUUCCCCAUUUGCCGGCGAAAAAGUACCUAGAAAAACUCUCUAGCAUUUAUGACCUUAAUCUUUUCAAGCUAAACGUACCAUCGUAUCCAUCCAUCGUAUCCAUAGUCGCUACUAUUCCCCGUAUAGUUUCUGCAGAUUUAAAAGUGAACUUCCCUGUCGUGCCAGUGAUUUGAGCUUCUCUCUUCUACAUAAUAACAUUAGGAGUCUUAAGCGAAACCUUGAAAACUUUCAAGUUCAUGUAUUGGACGAGUUGAAUUUUGAAUUUAGCAUUAUAGGAGUUUCAGAAACUAAAAUUUAUAAUCAGCGGUAAAGAAAUGGAUUUUAAUCCAAGCUUACCUGGAUAUAUUUUUUGAACAUGUUCCAACACCUCUAGCCUCUCACAUUAAUAUUUUAUUGUCUAAAAAGCCUCCUUUUGAUAAAACAACAUCAUCAAACGAAAAAACCGAUGUCUCUUAUCCAGAAAAGUAGGUGCCAAAGAUAAUUGGAAUUUUUGACAAGAAUCAUGGGUUAACCCCUUUGAAAAAACAACAUCAUCAGACGAAAAACCUAGGUCUCUUUUACAGAAAAAAGAGGCUUGAAAGAAAUUUGGAAUAUUUAACCAGAAUCAUUACUUAACCCCUUUGGAAAAAUGCAAAUUUUUUGACUAUAGUUACAUGACAUUUAUGUCGUCUAAAAAGCCUCCUUUUGGGAAAACAACAUCAUCAGACGAUAAAAACGAGGUCUCUAAUAUCGAAAAGUAGGCUGUAGAGACAUUUGGAAUUUUUUACGAGAAUCAUGGGUUAACCCCUUUGGAAAAGGCAAAGUUUUCGACUAUAGUAAAAGAAAGGUGUUGGCUUGUAUAUUAGUGAUUCUCUGAAAUGUACUGUUGUUAAAGAAGUAUCUGAUAAUUAAGCCUUCCAGUCAUUUUGGAUCGAAAUCGAAACGUCUGUAUGAAGCUAAAACGAGAGGUGGAUGUAUUCGGCGUAGUUCAUUAUGGAAGCCAUUACACUUUCAUCCCUUUUAUACUUUUCUUAUGUUGUUGUUGUUGUUGUUUUGUGAGUAUGUACCUUCUACGUUAAGAAUAAUAACACGAUAAUAAUUCAUAAUAAUAAUAAUAAUAAUAAUAAUAAUAAUAAAGUCUUUAUUCAUCAAAAGAUAAAAAUACAUAUCUUUUGUUAAAAGUAAGUGUAAGAAAUUUUAAAAAGUUAAAAAGUAAGAAUUAAAAAAAAUGUAUAUAUAUAUAUCUAGUAUAUUACAUAGCUAACUCAUAUUUAAAAACUAGACGAUUAAUAAAAGAGUUUUUAAAGCGCAUAGUGUUAAUCUUAGGUUUAAAACAAGUUUCUUUCCUAAGAUUGUAACUAGACGGUUUAACACGUGGCAUAAUAGAUAAAAGUGGAUGUCCUUUAGCAUUAGAAACUUUUCUGAAAAUUUUACGGUCUUGCCUCUCUAAGAAAUCAUUUUCCUUUUAAAUCGGCGGUCUAAGAAACGUUGUACAGGUGUAAGAUCGGACUCGGACGCGACGUAGACAGAUAAUGCGUAAUUAACAUUAGGCAGAACUAUUGUAUUAAAGAGAAGGUCUAUUUCUGACUGAUUGUACCCCUCUUUGUGCAGCGUUCUGAGGAUAUGUAGGGAUUUGUUAGCUUGUUUUCUUCCUCCUUUUUUUUCAUAAACCUAGGUUGUGUACUUUUUUUUUUCUAGUUUUUUUAGGUUGUGUACUUGAUCCAGUAGGAGUGUCCAAUAGUAGCGUUAUUUCUGAUCAGAGGUUUACAGCUUCGUCAUCUCUUAGCGGCCGCAGUCCAUCUGAUGGCCGAUUAAAAGGAUCCAAUGCCUGGAUUCCUGUCACAAACAAUGACAUCAAUGAUUUCCUGCAGAUCGAUCUGGGAUCUGUUUACUUUAUUUGUGGAGUAGCAACACAAGGAAAUCCAAAUGGUAAUGAUUGGACAAAAACAUACAAGAUAAAGACGUCCCUGGAUAAUGUCUGGGGGACAUUCUACUCUGAGGGUGGCUCCGAAAAGGUACAUCCUGUUUUGCUCUAG